UUAUGCGAACCAAUGAUUGAAAUGCAAUUUUUUGAUGACAACAACUCACUGUUUAUAUCAUAUAAUUCACAUAAAAAACACAUAAAUUGACUGUCAAUUCAAUAGCAAUAUUGACUGCAAUUAUACUAUUAAUUAAUUAAACAAAUGACUGACUGAUUGACUGAACGGAAAACCCAUCGAUGGCUAUACUGUCGACAGUUUUGACAAAAUUGAAAAAAUUGUUUAUCUUGUUGUUUGCCAUCAUCAAGAAGACACUGUGCUGUUGCCGGCGACGGAGGCCAUCGAAAAAUGAUGACAAUCUGUUGCCGGUGACCGUACAGUCAACAAUCGGCAGUGACCACAAACAACAACAACAAUACUUCCCUAAUUGGCCACAACAUCAACAACAACAGCAGCAAAAUCACCAACAAUAUCAACAACAACAACAACAUAACCAUUACCAUCAACAACAACAACAGCAACAAUACGCUUAUAGUCAAUCAGUUGGUAAUUAUAGUACCAAUAAUAGUGAUAAUAAUGUCGCCAUCGAUGAGACACAAGAUGGUGAAGAACAGGAGGAAGACUUUUUCAAAGAUAUGGUUCCCAAGUUUAAGAGGACUAAAAAAAUGUAUGUCGGGAACAAUCAGUCCAAUAAUGUUAGUGACAAUAGUCAGACACAACAUAAUAAUAACCGAUUCGGUGUCGAUAUGAAGGCUACCAUAUUUCAGACACAAGAGUUGGGAACUAUGGAUCACUAUGAAGAUGUUGGCAACAGUUGGGAAGAUAGUACAGCCAGCGAUGAUAUCUGGGUAUCGGAUGAAAGUCUUCGUGAGCUAAGACAACAGGAAAGGGAGCGUAAGAUUGCCGAACACAGGCGUAUAAAAUUGGAAAAAGAGCUGAAAAAAGCCAAACCUAAAAGCAAUUUGUUGGCCACAAAAAUCAGCUGAAAUCACAUUUAACACAUGUUAUCAUCAGUUUUUUAUUUUAAAAAAUGUGGAUAACGUGUUGUUGUUAUUACUAUUUAUCAUUCAUUGAUUGAUUUAUAUAAUUUUUCUUAUCUAAUAAUUAUAUAUAUAUAUACAGUAUA